AUGGAGGCUCUCGCUCGUGCAUCCGUCACCGUCUGUCCCUUUGUGCGGUCCCAGUCCGUAAAGGCGCUUCGCCAAAUCUCUUUGGUGGAACAAGCAAAAGCAUGCCCUUUUGCAGGCACCGCUUUGACUGUUCGGGAAUAUUCUUCUUCUUCCAAUGUGCGUAAGGCUUCUGCCGUGCCACUUUCAACCUUCAAGUCUGACGCUACCGGUCACUACUCGUUGACUGGCAAACAGUUGGCUGAGGACCAAGUGACUGUGAACCCUGCUUUUGCUGCAGAGAAGGGGUCCAACGAGUCGCUGUUUGAUUACUCUGGUUUUUUGUCCUCUGAGCUUCACAAGAAAAGACAGGACAAGUCCUACCGUUACUUCAACAACAUCAACCGUUUGGCCCAUGAGUUCCCCCGUGCGCACUUGGCCGAGGAACAGAAGAAAGUGACCGUUUGGUGCGCUAAUGACUACUUGGGAAUGGGUAACAAUCAGAAAGUCUUGGAUGCCAUGAAGGAGACUUUGGAUACCUACGGAGCUGGUGCUGGUGGUACCAGAAAUAUUGCGGGCCAUAACCAGCAUGCAAUCAGAUUGGAGGCCGAACUCGCUGCUUUGCACAAGCACGAGGCAUCCUUGGUUUUUAGUUCGUGUUUCGUGGCCAACGAUGCGGUUCUUUCUCUUAUGGGCCAGAAAAUGAAGGACUUGGUCAUCUUCUCUGACGAGCUCAACCAUGCCUCCAUGAUCCAGGGUAUCCGUAACUCCCGCGCCAAGAAGGAGAUCUGGAAGCAUAAUGAUUUGGCCGAUUUGGAGCGCAGAUUGGCUCAGUACCCAAAGUCUACUCCUAAGCUUAUUGCUUUUGAGUCUGUGUACUCCAUGUGUGGUUCCGUUGCUCCAAUCGAGGCCAUCUGCGAUUUGGCCGACAAGUAUGGCGCUCUUACGUUUUUGGAUGAGGUUCACGCUGUUGGUAUGUAUGGUCCUCAUGGUGCUGGUGUGGCCGAGCAUUUGGACUUUGAGGAGCAUUUGCGCGCCGGUAUCAACAAUAUCCGUGCUGACUCUGUCAUGAACAGAAUUGAUAUGGUCACUGGUACCUUGGGUAAAGCUUACGGUGUUGUCGGUGGCUACAUCACUGGUAAGCGUGACAUGAUCGAUUGGUUCAGAUCGUACGCUGCAGGUUUCAUUUUCACCACCUCUUUGCCUCCUGCCGUCAUGGCCGGUGCUUCUGUCUCGAUCAGACAUCAAAGAGCCACUAUUUCCGACCGUGUGGCUCAACAAAAGAACACCCGUUAUGUCAAGUCUAACAUGAGUGACUUGGGACUUCCAGUUAUUCCAAAUCCUUCUCAUAUUGUGCCUGUUCUUGUUGGAAACGCCCGUGAUGCUCGUUUGGCCUCGGACAUGUUGUUGCAAAAACACAACAUCUACGUGCAAGCCAUUAACUUCCCAACUGUUCCUAUUGGACAAGAACGUUUGAGAAUCACUGCUACUCCAGGACAUGGACCCGAGUUUGCCAAUGAGUUGAUCGAUGCUGUCGACAGUGUGUUCAAGGAACUCGACUUGCCUAGAGUGUCCGACUGGGCUGCAUCUGGUGGCCUUUGUGGUGUUGGAUCCUCCGAAGCACAGAUUGACGCGAACGUGUGGACCGACGCCCAAUUGAAGUUGACUGACAAGGACUUGAACCCCAACGUCAUCGAGCCUGAGAUUGCACCAAACGUUGUCAGCUCUGGUGUUCCUUUGUAA